AUGUUUGCGGCUGGCUACUCGGCCGAGCAGUUCCCGCUAUCGAUAGUAUCUAUGAUCGAGACCACUUCACCGGCUGAUCUGCAUGAACUCGACGCCUGGCUGACGAACUGGUUCCGGUCAUUCCCGCUUGACCACCGCAUGGGGACGCGGGAGUUCCCCCCACCACCGCCGCUAGAGCCGGUCAACGGCCGCAUUCGUAUGCGGGAUCAAUUCCGCCAUGCAUUGAUGUACCCACCGGCUCCGGUAGUCCCAGACGGGCUACCGAUGCUGUCACGACUAGGCCUAGAGCAGUACUUCACUUGCCAGAUGCUACGAGACCCAGAGAAUCUAUGUGCCCGCCUUAAUCAGCUGCUCGGUGCGCUGCCUAGGCUGACGGAUCCGGAAACAGACCGUCCGUUCGAGACCCAGCAGAUCCCGCGUGCAUGCUUCUUGCCUCAUCUGGAAGUGGAAGAGGAGAAGAGGCGGAUGAUCAAGAGACAGCUGAACGAGGCGCGGGAUGAGAUGGCUACGGGGAGCAUCUAA